UGAGAACUGAGACGUGAUAAGGCCGUGGCUCCCCAUCCCGGUAGGAGCUGGUGCCGUAGCUGUCUGCCUUCUCCUCCAUCCAUAGAGCCAUAGGACUGCCCAUCCGGAAUCUUCAGGUAAAUGAGAUCAUGAUUCUGGAAGGAAGUGGUGUAAUGAAUCUCAACCCAGCCAACAACCUUCUCCACCAGCAGGCAGCCUGGACGGACAGCUACCCCACAUGCAAUGUUUCCAGUGGCUUCUUUGGGGGCCAGUGGCAUGAAAUCCACCCUCAGUACUGGACCAAAUACCAGGUGUGGGAAUGGCUGCAGCACCUCCUGGACACCAACCAGCUGGACGCCAGCUGCAUCCCUUUCCAGGAGUUUGAUAUCAGCGGAGAACACCUGUGCAGCAUGAGCCUGCAGGAGUUCACGAGGGCAGCAGGCAAUGCUGGGCAGUUGCUCUACAACAGCUUGCAGCAUCUCAAGUGGAACGGCCAGUGCAGCAGUGACCUUUUCCAGUCCACACACAAUGUCAUUGUCAAGACUGAACAAGCAGAUCCUUCUCUUAUGAACACGUGGAAAGAAGAGAGCUAUCUCUACGAGCCCAGCUAUGGUAGCACAGUAGAUCUGCUGGACAGUAAAACUUUCUGCCGGGCCCAGAUCUCCAUGACAACCUCCAGUCACCUUCCAGUUGCAGAGUCACCUGAUAUGAAAAAGGAACCAGACCACCCCGUAAAGUCCCACACCAAAAAGCACAACCCAAGAGGGACUCACUUAUGGGAGUUCAUUCGGGACAUCCUGCUGAGCCCAGACAAGAACCCAGGACUGAUCAAAUGGGAAGACCGUUCGGAAGGCAUCUUCAGGUUCCUGAAGUCAGAGGCCGUGGCCCAGCUGUGGGGGAAGAAGAAGAACAACAGCAGUAUGACCUACGAGAAGCUCAGCCGGGCCAUGAGAUACUACUACAAGCGCGAGAUUCUGGAGCGCGUGGACGGACGACGGCUGGUCUAUAAAUUCGGGAAGAACGCUCGUGGAUGGAGAGAAAAUGAGAACUGAGGCUGCCGACCCUUGGGACACAAACCAAAAACACACAGCAAAUGGGUUAUGAUCGAUGAAGAACUGGAAGUAAAUAUUUCAAAAGACUGCUGUUCAGUGAUAUUUAUGUACCAUGAAGGGACAAAAACCUCUACUUCUGAUGGGAAGAAUGAACACUACAGUUGACGAAAGCAAUUAUUUUGUUACGUUGAAGUAUGUCCUAUGUGGGGAGCCAAUGUACACAGUUUUCUGUGAACUAUGAAACUGUAUGUGGUUGUGAUUCGC